CAUCAACAUCGCUCCUCCUAAAAAUAUGCCUGGAGCAGGGCUUGCGUACUACUCCACGAGCUGACUUACGUACAGAAUGCAUUUCUUGCUAAAUUCUUGUUGACAUGGAAGUAACAGCUGCUCGCCGAUCGUCUCUUUGUGAUACCGGUUCCUGGGCCGACCGGACGGCCCUCCACGAAGCGGCGUCCCAGGGCCGUGCGCUGCAGCUCAAACAGCUGAUAGAGAGCGGAGCGUCGGUCAACAUGGUGACUGUGGACAACAUCACGGCUCUGCAUGAGGCCUGCAUACAAGCACAUCCCAACUGUGUCCGGAUGUUGUUAGAGGCGGGGGCGCAGGUGGACGUCCGGACAAUCCAGGGCAGCACUCCUCUCUGUCACGCCUGCGCAGCGGGCAGCUUGGCUUGCGUAAAGUUGUUGCUGAAACGUGGGGCCAAAGUUAACCCACGUCCCCCAGCAUCCCCUCUUCACGAGUCCUGCACACGAGGUAAUGUGGAAAUUGUGAGGUUGUUGAUCACCAAGGGGGCGGAGCUUGAGGCCUGCGACACAGACCACACCCCCCCUCUUCACACCGCCUGUGCCAAAGGCCAUGUGGACUGUGCUCUGGAGCUCCUUAAUGCAGGCGCCGACGUGAAUUCGUCCAAGGCGGAGGAGACGGCGCUCCACCACGCGGCGUGUGGCCAAACGGCCGACCUCAUCGACCUGCUGGUGGAGUUCGGCGGGAACACGCAGGCCCGAGACCGCCACGGCUGUAAACCCAUGGACUACACUAAACCCAGCACCCCCGCGGGAACCUGCCUCAAGGCUUACGGGAGCACCCCCCUCAGUCUGCAGCAGCUCUGUAGAAUCCGAAUGAGGACGACUGUGGGUAGAAGAGGCUUGGAGGUCAUAGGUCAGCUGGACAUAUCUUACAUCAUCCGCGGCUACCUCCAAUACACUUCUUAUCAAACAUCACCAGCCGCAGAACUGUGAUGGGAUUCUCAAAUGAUGUGUAUAUGUAUAGGUUAUUUAUAUUUGAGGAUAUAUUUAAUGCUAAAAUGUGUCAUUUAAAACUCACUGGAAAUAAUAUACAAUGAUUAAGAUAAACUACACAAGAUGUUAGGUUGUUGCUGAAAAAAUACCUAAAUAAAACACCAGUAUGCUUACUGAAUGAAAGAAGAGUAUCUACCCCACUAUCCAUUACCGCCUCAUUCUGGAUGAAGCGGAGGCUAAAUAAAGUCAGUUGUGAUUGUUUUCUGAUGGAUUAAUAUUACCCUCCACGUGUCCACAAUGUGUCAUCAAAUGUGUCCACAAUGUAUCCACAAAUGUAUCCACAAUCUCCUUUACCAUGCUUCAUAUUUGCCCACCUGGAGGCUGAGGGAUUGCCCUGCUCCAAUCACUACUCUACAAGCACAACAUUGGACAAAUGGUUCAAUGUCUAUGUGGAGUAUCUUCCAAUAGGACACUAUUGGACACGGGACGCUAUUGGCUGAUUAACACAGAAAACAAGUGUCAGCAAGUGAAACUUAUGAAAUGAAGUAUUAGUUUAGCCACUGUCUGUGAAAGCCUUGUGUUAUAGACUUCAGACAUGAUUUGUUUACUGGCCAAACGUACCUCAGGCUUUUGAAGAAUCAUUUGUUUAUUUACUUAAAUACAAAUGUGGACUGCCUUUAUGCUCUUCCUGAGGGCAUAUGUGAUAAUUCAACAAAUACGAUGAUACAAUUGACUUCUAUUUAUGAUUCUUCCAAUGAAUCUAGCAGUUUGCGUGUG